GCGCACCGGCACCACUCUAGGCACCACCUCGUCUCGGUGCCUUGCUGGUGGGGGCUGGGUGAUGAGCGUCGGUCUAGGUGUCACCUCGUUUGGAGGUUCGGCGGCACGCGCGCGCCAUGGAGGCCGGGUGCUGGGUGCUCGGCGGCGAAUUUGAGGACUCGGUGUUCGAGCAGAGUCAGGAGCGGCGGCCCGAGCUGCCCGCCCCUUAUCGCGCCAAGCUCUGCGAGCCGCAGUGGUUUUAUGGAGAGACAGAAAGUAGUGAUGAUAUUGAAGUUCUCACUCUCAAGAAAUUCAGAGGGGACCUGGCCUACAGACGACAGGAAUACGAGAAAGCACUGCAGGAAUACUCCAGUAUCUCCGAACAGCUGCCAUCUACCAAUUUUGCCAUGAAAAGGGAUGUCCAAGAAGGCCAGGCUCGGUGUCUGGUUCACCUGGGGAGACAUGAGGAGGCGCUGGAGAUGGCAGCAAACUUGGAAAACAAAGCGACCAACACAGACCAUCUGACCACGGUGCUCUACCUCCACUUGGCCAUCUUCUCAAGUUUGCAGAGCUUGGAGAAGACCAUUCUCUGCCUGCAAAAACUGAUUUCUCUGCACCCUCUCAACCCCUGGAGCUGGUGCAAAUUGGCAGAGGCAUACCUGAAUCCAGGCCCAGAUCUGCCGGCACUGGGUGUGUCACCGGGGGGACAGAAGCGUGCUACCUCAAGUGACAAGGCUGUCAAUGCCCCCUUUGUGCAGGCUGGAACAGGCUGUCUUUUGUGUCUCCCAGCAGCCUUACCUCAGAGUGCAGUGUUUUCCAUGGAAGCAAGCGGUUGCAAUGCUCAGAAGGCUGGGAAGGCUCCGAAGAAUACACAGACCUGUCUGACAGAGCAGAGAGGAGAAGCGAGGAUGGAGGCUCAGGUGAAAGCCUGUGCCUCUCUGGUUCGUGCCAGGCUGUUGCUUCGGCUCACCCAAUCUCAGCAAACAUCAUUUGCCUUGGAGAAGAACUUGAGAACCCAGCAGGAGAUUGCGGGGAAGGUGAAGGAGUUCAGCUUUCGGGAAGACACUUUGCUGUUGAUGGAGGAGGCCAUGGGGGAAGAUAUUGUCCCAGAAAAAAUAAGAGAGGAGGCCCACCCAGAGGUGAAAUGCGUUGGCCCCGCAGCCCUGGCAGCCUUGGUGGUUGCGUCCUCCAAAGAAUUUGAAGAUAAGUGGUUCAGAAAGAUCAAAGACCAUUUCCAUCCCUUGGAAAAUCAGUUGCACGUGGAGAUACAGAUCGUGGGUUAGGAAAUCACGUCAGAACGUGGACACUUGCACUGUAUUGUCCUUGUUUACCUAGGCAAGAGCUAUGUAAUCACAGAAAACACAAAUAAAGAUGACUUUAUUUUGUUUAUAAAAA